CUUCGAACUUUCCUCAAAAAAGAGAAAAAGAAAAAAAGCGCGCAUUGAACUAUGGACCCUCUCACCCCACUAUUUUGAAGUUUGAACCAACUUUUUCUUAUUACCGGAAAAAAGAAAAAAUUUGCACCAAAUCUUCACCUGAGCUUUGAUCUACUGAGAAAAAUGGGGAUAUGGGAUUUCAUGUCCGGGACGACCGAUUCACUGAAACGCAACGCUCCGGAUCUAACGGGCGUCACGAACUGUUGCCCCACACCCGGUUCCCUCAAACGGAUCGUACCAGAUGUAACGGCUGCGAAGAACGUGUGCUUCACCGCUUACGGUUAUGGGUCAGCCACCGUUACCCAUAUCGAUAGCGCCGUCAGGGGUAACCUGAACCACUACCUUCAGGACGAGGAAGCCCGCUCCAAGAUCCUCCGGUUGGGCAAGAGCAUCGUUACACACGCCACCAUCGAGGGCCUCAAAACCAUCCCAGGUGGAUUUGUAGGUUACAAUAUUGUUAAUAAAUCAAUCAAAGACUUGAAGGACUCCGAUAAACAAGAAGUGGAUGUGAAGGCAUUGCAGGCGGAUCUACGCAGAUUGAAGAAAGAUUUCAUUGAAUACAGGAAAGUGCAUGAGCCAGAAGUGGAUGUGAAGGCAUUGCAGGCUAUUGUAGUCAGAUUGGAGAAAGAACUCAGUGAAUACAGGAAACCCCGUGAACAAGUCCUGAUAGAUAAGCCAAGUGCAGAUUUGAAGUCACCAAACACUGUCAACAUUCAUUCAGCUGUGAAUCAGAAACCGGAAGAUGUGAUCAGAGUCUUUAUGAUGAAUGAGUUUAUGGGCAGGAAGUUCCUGGAUGAUCUAAUGGUUCCUUCGGUAGCACCUAGGAAGAAGUAGAAGGCAGUGCCACUGCCAGGUACCAGUGCAUAAGAUAAGGGGGAGCAAUGAUCAUUGUUAAUCAUGAUAUGACCUUGUUUAAAGCUUUGUGGUUAGGUCUUGAUUGCUGUGUGUAAUUAUUCUCUCUGGUGUAUUAGGGAUGAAAGUUGUAAGAAAGUGGUUUUACAUUGGCAAGACUCAAAUCCAUUAGCCGAGACAACCAAUUUGCAAGAUAAUACCCUUUUCUAUUGGGCUAGACCCCAUUGGCUUUAA